UUGUGUUAGUUGUAUAUCAAAUCGCCUCAGUUCCGGAUCUCUUCGUUACUGUACAACAGCGCCCUGCUCCGUUCAAUUCGCAAGUUUCCAAUUCGAACACGUUCCACUUCUGGUCCAAACCAAUGACAGCUCCAAUAUGGCUCUUUCGUCCUUCUUCAGUAGUACCCGUGCAGUACUAUCUUCAGCAAUUCUUCUCCGGGUAGCUUUCCUACUAUAUGGCCUUGCGCAAGAUGCAUUUUCCCCUGUCAAAUACACCGACAUCGACUACUUCGUCUUCACCGAUGCAGCCCGAUCCAUUGCUCGCGGCCAGUCGCCCUAUGCGCGCGACACUUACCGGUACACGCCUCUUCUGGCCUGGCUCCUCUAUCCUACUACCUGGUCCGGCACCUGGUUUUCUUUUGGUAAGGUUCUCUUCGCGGUAGGCGACAUUGUCGCGGGGUGGAUGAUGUACCGCAUUCUCCGGACGCAUCAGGGGCUCUCACAGGAGAGGGCACUGAAGUACGCAAGCAUAUGGCUUCUUAAUCCUAUGGUUGCCACCAUCAGCACGCGCGGCAGCUCCGAAGGGUUGCUCGGUGUCUUUGUGACGGCAUUGCUCUGGGCUGCUCUCUCCCGUCGCAUAGUUCUCACGGGAUUCUUUCUGGGCUUCGCGGUCCACUUCAAGAUCUACCCUUUCAUCUAUGCAGCGUCUAUUGUAUGGUGGCUGGACGACAAAAGCAAUUCGUCGUCAUCUUCCUCCCCAAUCUCUCGCACAAUCAAAUUUCUCAACGCCCAACGAAUAGGGGUUGCGUUGUCUAGUCUGCUCACAUUCAUGGGUCUCAACGUAGUCAUGUACAUCGCAUACGGUUGGCCUUUCCUGGAACACAGCUACUUCUACCACCUUGUGCGCAUUGACCACCGUCAUAAUUUUUCGCCUUACAACACUCUCCUCUACAUGAACUCGUCGCCGAAAGCCUCCGGCGUAGACCAUGUCUCAUUCCUGGAGCUCGAACGGCUAGCAUUCAUUCCACAGAUUCUUCUCAGUGCUGUGAUCAUUCCCUUGGUGAUAGCUAAAAAGGAUUUGUCUUCGACCAUGCUUGCGCAAACCUGGGCAUUUGUCACGUUUAAUAAGGUGUGCACAAGUCAGUAUUUUCUGUGGUACAUCAUGUUUCUCCCAUACUACCUACCGGACUCUGUGAUGAUGCGUUCUCCCCGCACCGGCGCAUCCCUACUGGUAUUGUGGAUCCUAGGUCAAGCGGCAUGGCUACAGCAAGGUUUCCAGCUAGAGUUCAACGGCGAGUCGACAUUCAUCCCCGGCCUCUGGAUCUCUAGUAUUCUCUUCUUUGGUAUCAACUGUACCAUCCUUGGGUUUGUUCUAAGGGAUAUCAGGACACGCGGGCAAUCUCCUUUGUUUGGAAAAAGGAAACGAUAG